CGCGGCGAAGUGACGCGGACGCGGCAGCGGCAGCGGCAGCAGCCAUGUUGUUGCUACGUCGUCAGUGUGUUUUGCUCAGUGCAUCACUGACCCCAGACCCGCUCAGGAUCGGCUCUCCACAUCAGACGGACACACGACCCCCCCCGCCCCUGUUGUCAUGGCGACCUUCCCGGAGUUCAUCAGUCAGAACGAGGAGCGCGACGGCGUGCGCUUCAGCUGGAACGUGUGGCCGUCCAGCCGGCUGGAGGCCACCCGCAUGGUGGUGCCGCUGGCCGCCCUGCUCACCCCCCUGAGGGAGCGCCCCGACCUGCCGCCCAUCCAGUACGAACCGGUGCUGUGCAGCCGCGCCACCUGCCGCGCCGUGCUCAACCCGCUGUGCCAGGUGGACUACCGGGCCAAGCUGUGGGCGUGUAACUUCUGCUACCAGAGGAACCAGUUUCCCCCCACCUACACCGGUAUCUCGGAGGUCAACCAACCGGCGGAGCUGCUGCCCCAGUUCUCCACCAUCGAAUACGUCGUCCAGCGAGGGCCCCAGAUGCCCCUGAUCUUCCUGUACGUGGUGGACACGUGCAUGGAGGACGAGGACCUGCAGGCGCUGAAGGAGUCCCUGCAGAUGUCCCUCUCUCUGCUGCCCCCUACUGCCCUGGUGGGGCUCAUCACCUUCGGCCGCAUGGUGCAGGUCCACGAGCUGGGCUGUGAGGGCAUCUCCAAGAGCUACGUGUUCCGCGGCACCAAGGACCUCAGUGCUAAGCAGCUGCAGGAGAUGCUGGGCCUGACUAAGCCAUCAGCUGCUCAGGGAGCCAGAGGUCAACAGGCCCCGCAGCCACCAUUAUCCAACAGGUUCCUCCAGCCGGUGCAGAAGAUUGACAUGAACCUGACAGACCUUCUGGGGGAGCUGCAGAGAGACCCGUGGCCCGUCACGCAGGGCAAGAGACCCCUCCGCUCUCUGGGCGUGGCCAUGUCCAUCGCCGUGGGCCUGCUGGAGUGCACCUUCCCCAACACCGGGGCCCGCAUCAUGACCUUCAUCGGGGGCCCGGCCACCCAGGGGCCAGGCAUGGUGGUGGGGGACGAACUCAAGACCCCCAUCCGCUCCUGGCACGACAUCGAGAAGGACAACGCCAAGUACAUGAAGAAGUCCACCAAGCACUACGAGGCGCUGGCCAGCAGAGCCUCGGCUAACGGUCACAUCAUGGACAUCUACGCCUGCGCCCUGGACCAGACGGGCCUGUUGGAGAUGAAGUGCUGCCCCAACCACACGGGAGGCUACAUGGUGAUGGCGGACUCCUUCAACACGUCGCUGUUCAAGCAGACGUUCCAGAGAGUGUUCGCUAAGGACGAGCAGGGCACCUUCAAGAUGGCCUUCGCCGCCACACUGGAGAUCAAGACCUCCAGGGAGAUCAAGGUGUCGGGGGCCAUCGGUCCGUGCGUGUCCCUCAACGCCAAGGGACCCUGUGUCUCCGAGAACGAGAUCGGCACGGGGGGGACCUGCCAGUGGAAGAUGUGCGGACUGGACCCCAGCACCACCCUGGCCCUCUACCUCGAGGUCGUCAACCAGCACAACGCUCCCAUCCCCCAGGGCGGGCGGGGCGCCCUCCAGUUCGUGACCCAGUACCAGCACUCCUCCGGCCAGCGCCGCAUCCGGGUCACCACCACCGCACGCAACUGGGCGGAUGCUCAGACCCAGAUCCAGAGCAUCGCGGCGUCCUUCGACCAGGAGGCGGCGGCCAUCUUGAUGGCCCGUCUGGCGGUGCAGCGGGCGGAGAGCGAGGAGGGCCCCGACGUGCUGCGCUGGCUCGACCGACAGCUCAUCAGGCUCUGCCAGAAGUUCGGGGACUACCACAAGGACGACCCCAACUCCUUCCGCUUCUCCGAGACCUUCUCCCUCUACCCCCAGUUCAUGUUCCACCUGCGCAGGUCCCCCUUCCUGCAGGUGUUCAACAACAGCCCUGACGAGAGCUCGUACUACAGGCACCAGUUCGUCAGGCACGACCUCACCCAGGCGCUCAUCAUGGUGCAGCCCGUGCUCUACGCCUACUCCUUCAACGGACCCCCAGAGCCCGUGCUGCUGGACAGCAGCAGCAUCCUGCCCGACCGAAUCCUGCUGAUGGACACCUUCUUCCAGAUCCUCAUCUACCAUGGAGAGAUGGUGGCCCAGUGGAGGAAGGCGGGCUACCAGGAGAUGACCGAGUACGAGAACUUCCGGCAUCUUCUGCAGGCGCCGGUGGACGACGCCCAGGAGCUCCUGCACACACGCUUCCCCAUGCCCCGCUACAUAGACACUGAGCACGGAGGGAGCCAGGCUCGGUUCCUGCUCUCCAAAGUGAACCCAUCCCAGACCCACAACAACAUGUAUAACUGGGGACAGGAAUCGGGGGCUCCAAUCCUGACGGAUGACGUCAGCCUGCAGGUCUUCAUGGACCAUCUGAAGAAGCUCGCUGUCUCUAGUGCUGCCUAGCGACUGACCUACACGCCUAGCAACAGAUAAACAAGCCUAGCAAAGACCAACAAGCCUAGCGACCAUUGAACAAGCCUGUCAACGAUACUGCAAGCCUAGCAACAGAUUGACAUGCCUAGCAACCGCUUAGAAACCUUUAAGCCAUUCUACAAGCAUAUCAACCAAUCUACUUUGGCACACAUACACGUAUUAACCUGGUUUAGACCGAUCAAAACACUACCACAACAACCGUGUGUGUGUGUGUGUGUGUGUGUGUGUGUGUGUGUGUGAUUGAUGAAAGAAAUAAAUAGAAGCUCAUUAUUUUUCUGCAGGCUAAAUUCAAGCAAUAUUCUCUGAACAUAAAACAUCCCAGUUUGCAAUUUGAUUUCUAAGAAAGCUAAUUUAGUUGUGGCCCUAUCAUCAUUAUUAAGUAUGUUAUAUACACACUAUGUAUGGUGUGAUGUCAUGUUGGGGGGAGCUGGGUGUGAUGUUACUGUGUUAAAUGUUUGUCUCAUCUUUGUAAUAAAAUGUGGCAGCAACAUCAA